CUUAUGGUGUUAACACACUGGGUCUACCUCCAAGGCACUGGGUUGUAGAUCAUCCUGACCACUCACUGCUCCUCAUCCAGGAAUCUCUUAUAAGGGUUUUUUUGGAGGCCCUUUUAACUAAAAAAUAAAUAAAAAUAGAAAAUGGCACCAAAGAAGGACGCUAAGAAAGCUGCAGCACCUGCACCAGCCCCUGCCCCAGCGCCAGCCCCAGAACCAGCAAAACCUAAAGAACCAACAAUUGAUCUCUCCAGCAUCAAGAUCGAGUUCUCCAAGGAGCAACAGGAUGACUUCAAGGAGGCAUUCCUCCUCUUCGACAGGACUGGUGAAAGCAAGAUCACCCUAAGCCAGGUUGGAGAUAUCAUCCGUGCUCUGGGGCAGAACCCCACUAAUGCUGAGGUCAAGAGGAUCUUGGGCAAUCCCAGCAAUGAGGAGAUGAAUGCUAAGAAAAUUGGAUUUGAAGAGUUCCUGCCCAUGUUGCAGGCAGCUGCCAAUAACAAGGAACAGGGCGGCUUUGAAGACUUCGUUGAAGGUCUCCGUGUCUUUGACAAGGAGGGCAACGGAACAGUCAUGGGUGCUGAGCUCCGCCAUGUAUUGGCCACUUUGGGUGAGAAGAUGAAGGAAGAAGAGGUAGAAGAACUGUUGAAAGGGCAGGAAGACUCCAAUGGCUGCAUCAACUAUGAAGCAUUUGUGAAGCACAUCAUGUCGGUCUAAAUGGACUUCUCAACACACAUACUCUGAGCAAGAUCAGCAGGCACUUGAGAUUUGCAAAUCUAGGAAACUAUUGCUCUAUCCAGCAAUACCACCCUGGAACCUAAAAGGACUAUAAUAUAUGCCUCCAAACCACCCCUUUUAAAAAGCCAUCAAUGUGAGAUGCUUACCAAAUCUCAAAAUGUUUACACUACAGAGAUAAAACACUGACUGAAGCAAGUGAGAGGGACUAUGUUGCCACAGCUGUCAAACCCAAUCAUUUUUUCCCCAUUUUGUCCACCAUGAAAGCAAUGUAUAUUAUUGGGGGGGAAAGAAUCUCAUAAUAAAUUCCUGUGGUCAGUGUA